AUGCUUCACAGACAUCAUAGUUUUUUCUUAAUAGCACUGCUGGAGCCUUUCCAACAGUAUAGCCAAAUUCAGAAGUAUAAAAGAAGGCUGCAUAUGCAUUCUAUAAUUUCCAACUGUAAUGGAAAGAUUUGGAUUUUUGUAGCUGAUAAUAUAGAGGUGGAAGUGCUACUAGAUUCUAGUCAACAGGUGACAUUGAAAUUGUUUUUUCAAGAAUUUAAUCAGGUUGUUGUCACUUCUCUUGUUUAUGCUAAAUGUGAUGCUACUGAUAGAUUGGAGUUGUGGGACAACAUUUAUAACCUGUCCAAUUCAAUCACUUUACCAUGGAUGGUUGGAGGAGACUUAAAUUUUCAUUGGCUAGGUAAUAUAGAAGUUGAGCAUUUGGCAAGAACAGGUUCAGAUCAUGCACCUCUUUUAUGUUCUUAUGGUUCAACUUCAUCCAAUGUCAAUCUAAAAAGGAUGAAGGGUGUCUUAUCCAGUUGGAGUAGGGAAGUAUAUGGUGACAUAUUUAAACAACUAAUUAUCAGAGAGGAGAUUGUCAGAGUAAAGGAAGAACUAUUUGAAGAAACACCUUCUGCUGGCACAGGAUUAGAUUGGUUUGCCGAAGGUGAUAGAAAUACUAGAUUCUUCCAUAAUCUAGUAAAGGGCAGAAGGAAAAAGUUGAUGAUCAAAAGAAUUCAAAGUUCUGAUGGUGUCUGGUUAAAGGAUGAGGCAGUAUUCAAUCUUAAUGGGACAAGUGCAAGUGGUUCUGAUGGUUUCUCUGGGAAGUUUUAUCAGUCAUGUUGGGAUAUUAUAAGGGUUGAUGUGUACAGAAUGGUGGUUGAAUUCUUUAAGGGACAAACGCUUCCUAAAUCCAUCACUCACACAAAUCUGGUUUUGCUUCCAAAGAAGGAGAUGGGAAGCAGCAUCAUUGAGAAUGUGCUGCUAGCUCAUGAGAUUGUGACAGAUAUUAGAAAGAGGGGUAAACCUGCAAAUGUUGUCAUUAAGUUGGAUAUGGCAAUAGGUUUUUUUCACUCAACUAAAGGGGUUAAGCAAGGUGGCCCUCUUUCACCUGACCUUUUUAUCAUAUCAGCUGAGGUGCUAUCUAGAGCUUUGAAUGCUUUGUUUGAAGAUUCUAGUUAUGUUUGUUAUGGGAUGCCUAAAUGGAGUCACAACAUAAAUCACCUGUCUUAUGCUGAUGAUACAAUCAUAUUCACAUCAGCAGAGAAAGAUUCCCUUCAGAAAGUAAUGCAAGUAUUACAACAAUAUGAGGAACUUUCUGGCCAAUUGAUCAAUAAAGAGAAAAGUGCUUUCUACAGGUUUCAUAAGGUGGCUAAUAAUCUAUAUCAGCAAGUGGAGCAAAUCACUAGUUUUUCAAGAGACUCAUUCCCAUUGAAGUAUUUGGGCUGGAAGCUGCUAUCAUAUGGUGGGAAGGUUGUGCUUAUAAGUAAUGUUUUACAAAGCAUUCAUGUAUACUUACUAUCAGCAGUAGUGCCAACUAAACACACCAUCAAUGAGCUCCAUAAGAUAUUUGCUAGAUUUUUCUGGUCCAACAAGGAAGAGGGAAGAAGCAAGCAUUGGGUUUCAUGGGCUAAGGUUUGUCUUCCAAAAGAGAAGGGUGGUUUUUCUUUUAGAUCAUUAUAUGAUGUGUCAAAGGCAUUGUUUGCCAAGUUAUGGUGGAAGUUCAGGACAGAAAAUUCUAUGUGGACAACUUUCAUUUGGAACAAGUACCGUAAAAAGCACAGACCAAUAGAAGCUCAAUGGAAGGGUAACUCUCUAAUUUGGAAAAUAAUGCUUGAAGCUAGGGACUUGAUUGAUCAACAUAUUUGGUGGGAGCCCAGAAAUGGUGAAUGCAAUGUGUGGCAAGACAACUGGACUAGAUUAGGUUGUUUAAAACAGGUAGUUCCUGUCCAGCUUAAUAUUGAUGAGUUGAACUACUUCAUGACAGGUAAAGGGUGGAAUUUUCAGAGAUUGCAGGAUAUUCUUCCUUUGAACCAGGUGAAUCACAUUAGAUACAACCAGGAAAUGGUGCGAGGAUCACGAGCAAGGAUAACCCUUGGUGGAUGUUGA